GUGAAUUAAUCGUUCAUUCCUUCUUGAACUAAAAUAAAAAGCACUCGAUGCAAGAUGAUUGUAACCGUUUUCGUAUAACAUUUUUCUUCUACAAAUGGCAGCUGUAAUUUUGAUAUGGUUUGGUCUUCUGUUAAGGAAAGAAGUAUGCUACGCAGUUACCAGUGUUAAUAUAUUGACUGACAUUUUAAUUCCGAGUAUUGGUGAAGACAUUCAUCUCCUCUGUAAUUUUAUGCCAUCGAAUCAGCAUGCUGAUGUAUUGAUCACAAAAGACAAAGUGACAAGAUUAGCAUCUAAAAUAUGCUUCAACGAUGGAGAUUGCAAUAAUUAUAAUUCAAAUUCCGGAAAGAUGACAUGGCAGACGGACGCAUCAUCCGCUGAAUUGACAAUCAACAAAUGGAGUAUGAGUGACCGAGGAGACUAUCAAUGCGUUGUGGACAACACACGGUCAAAUACCUUGAAUUUGAGAGAAAUAAUGCCCGAACAACCCGACACUCCAGAAAUUAUGCUCAACAAUCUGAGAGCUGGUGAAGAAACAAAAAUAAACUGUACUUCAAACAAUGGAUACCCAUCACCAGCCAUCUAUUGGUACGUGGAAUCAACAAACCUCACGAUGAAUUCAUCUAUCCAGACGGAAAUGGAUGAGAACGGACGAUGGAAGGCUACCAGUAUUCUUACUUUUACACCAUCAAGAUAUGAUCACGGAAAAGGUCUUAUCUGCCAGGUAGUCCAACCGACGGCGCGUCUUAUGUCUUCGCAGAACGAUACCAUGGUCCUCGACAUUCUCUACCUACCCAUCAUUUCUCUUCGACUCCUUGAUAACGAAGAGACGGUUUCCAGCUUGACUAGCCUGACUAGUGUCGAAUUCGAAUGUACAUCAGAUGCAAAUCCAAAGGUCCUGAACUUAUAUUGGUACCACAACCAGCUGAUCAUAGUCAACAGCACAGGGCAGCUUGUUGUCCUUGACAUUGUUCAGAGGAAAACAGUUUCAACUAGUCGCCUUAUCAUCAAUGAUGUGCAACGAAUGCAUUCUGGGAAAUACGAAUGUCACGUGAUUACCGUUCUUGGUAAUGCCACUGCGACUUUGAACUUUUCUUAUAUCUCAGAUCGACUUCCCCUGCUCUUUAUCGUUCAAAACCAGACGACAUCUUCAACUCUCUUCGUUUCCUGGCAACCAGGGUUCGAUGGCGGGUUUCAACAGACGUUCAAUCUGGAAUACUGUCCAAACAAUACACUAGUAAAGAAGGGAGAGUGUGGUGUUGUCACCAACUUUACAGAGACAUCGUCUGAACUAGACGAAUAAAAAGUUCCAUGAAAUUUGCUCUAGCGACAAUUAUUCUGCUGUUAAUUCUACACACCUAUUAAAUGACCAACAUCAAGCCUGGAUUUUACAAAUACCCUAUCCUAAACCGAACCCUAAACCUAACAAGACAAUUUGACAAGCUAAAAAAAAAGGUGUUUACCCAAAUUUUAAAUUCAUUUCGUGCGCGAAACAAUUUGACAGGCAAAGAAGGACCUCACUUUCAAAAGGGGGGGCACGGUAGCGUUAGUACGGCAUAUUUACAUUAAAAAUAUAUUGUGAGUCUAAAAGGGGCACGGACCGGUUGUGCACCACACCCCUCCCCUCCACCCCCCCCCCCCCCCAUCCGCAUGUGCCUACUAAUAACUCAAUAUCUUAGAAGAAAUAAUACCCGGAGCACUUGCUGCCGGAUCAAAUAUCGUUUUACAAAAUUAAAUACGACCACCAGGGACCGACUAACCAUGAACAAAGUUGAUUAGUGCAAGUUGCUUUCGCUUCAUAUGGGCAUGGCUGAUACAUAUAAUUUUUUACAGAUUAGUUACACGAUGAAUUUCGAAACACUUCUACCUGUUUAUAUUGGAGGAAAACUUACGUCGUGAUUAGAAUUGCCUACAAUGAUAUCCAAAUCCGUCGGCUCCUCUAGAGCUGACUAGCGUUACAAUAAUAUUGUCAUCGUCUUGUAAUUGAAUCAUUUAUUUCAACAUUGGGAGUUACCAUUAAAUUGCAAAAAUAACACUAAUAUUAACUUUCAUGCAACUGGCCCCACAAGGACUGCACUUUCGACAAUUUUAGUUUGGUUAUUGAAAAUUCGUCACGGUGCUGCUUCGUUUCCCGAGUGUAAACGACUUGUUCCUUGUUUUCAGAUUCAAAGAAUUCGUAUAUUGUCAACUGAUCCCAAUAGGAAUACCACAAUCAUUCUAUUACCCAAGCAGUCCUUUUCAUUGUCAAUUGGAAGCUUUUUUUAAAUUUGUGGUUUGGCCAACUUGAACCAAAACAAAUAUUCCUUCGAUAUUAUUAGUAAGAGCAAUUAAUUACAGUAACAUUAUUUCAAGGUAUCAUACCUUUUCAGGCUUCCUUUAAGAUUAAGUGACCGAUAUUAUUAAAUUUUCGAGUACUUAAUAUCCACUAAAUAAUUAUCCAACAGUCUAACACGUUUUAAAGAUUUGAGUCCUUAGUGUUGUAUGUUGGUAGACCUUUACCAGGACCCUGGGAAUUAUUUCUUUUUUACAGGGGGUCCUAAUUUACCUUUGGCAAGCUCAAAACCUUACACUACAAAAUGAAGGUCAUUUUGUCGCGAGAAAUUUGACAAGCAAGCAAAGUUAUGGAGAAUAGCACACGCAACACCCCCACGAAAAAUAUUAGGGGUGCUUCAGCAGCCCGACUACCCCGCUUCCCAGGGAAAAUACUCUAUUCAUGUAAACACAUAUCGACUUUGAUAACUGAGUUAUAUAUUAUUGAUUCGAAAAGUAUUUAUUAAUCAAUGUUCUCCUCGUGUUAGACAUUUUGGGACAAUUAUUGUUUGCCUUCACAAGCCUUCGCAAUAAAACUAAGGACUACAUGUAAAUGUCCAUGAUAAAACUAAACACAUGAAUUAUCAAACAGAACUUAUGAAACCAGCUGUGCUUUUAUUAAACAGCACACUCUGUCGUUGAGAAACAAACAUUACAUUUUACAUGAAUAUGUGGCCUUUCAAUUCUGAGGAAUGAUAUAUUUAAACGAUCAUUAUUAUUUGUAUUGCAUAGGCACAUUCGUCGGAAUCGGAAUACGUCGGGUACCAAUUUUGUUUAUCCAUUGUCUUUGGAAUUCUAAUUUUAGUAACGCCCAUUUCGUCAAGUCGAAACUUUUUAACCGAUAGUCACUUCAACUUCACAUGUUACUCCCAGAAAAUGGCCUCUCGUUAUCUUUACUUGGUCUUAUUGUUAUUAUUUGGCGAAGGUAAGUGCAAAAAUUAUUUCAAACGAUUUUUUUUUCAUUCACAGCUUCCAUAAUAAUAUUAAGGGCAUAUCUUAUAGCUCCUCUAUUUUUUUUUUCCGUACUUAUGUUUUUACAAUGUUAUUAUUUUAUCGAGGAGUAUAUUUUUACCACAAACAAAAGAUGGAGCCACAAUCCGUUUUUCCAGGAAAGAACAAAAGAAAUUACUAAAAAAAUGUAUAAAAGUAAUCAAAGUGAAGCCAAAAUCACAGAAUUUCC